AUGAAGUCCUUUACCCAAGCCCUUUCCCUGGCAGCUGGCCUGUCCCUGUCUUUGGCCACUCCCACUCCGGAUGUCUACCCGAGACAAACCGGUUCCAAGAACUUGGUGGUCUUUGGUGACUCCUACUCCACCGUUGGCUUCUGGCCCGGUGGCACUCUUCCGGCCGCCGGCAACCCGCUCGGCAACCCCGCCCUCCCGGGCCAAACCACUUCGAGCGGUCUCAACUGGGUCGGCCACCUCACCAGUACCCUCAACACCUCGCUGGUUCUGACUUACGACUUUGCUGUCACCGGUGCCACCACCGACAAGGAGAUUGUUGACACCUAUGCGCAGUACUGUGUCGACGACCAGGUUGAGCAGUACACUCAGUACGUCUCUAGCAAGGUCGACAAGGCCAAUACCCUUGUUGCUGUCUGGAUCGGCAUCAACGACGUUGGCGAGCCUUUCUGGGACAAUGAAUCCGCCCCUGUGACCAAGAUCAUGGACCGUUACUUUCAGCUUCUUCAGACACUCGCCGAUGAUGGUCUGACAAACUUUGUCUUGCUCACCGUCCCUCGUAAGUUCAUUAAGCACCACAAAGCCCUGACACAGACCAUUAACGCUACACCACCAGCCUUCUCCGACCAGAUUCCCGCCAUGAUCGGCCAGUCCGAGACCGACCUGGCCCGUCUGCGAUCCGACAUCACCUCCUACAACCAGGCUCUAGAGGACCGCCUCGCUACUUUCAAGUCAUCCAACAGCGGUGUCAAGGGCCUCGUCUUCGACACCAAACCCUCUUUCGAUACCGUCGUUGAGAACUUUGCCAAGUACGGCGCAAAGGACGCGACCUGCUAUGGCUCCAGCGACUGCUUGUGGGCCGAUAACUACCAUGCUGGCCUGGCCAUCCACAAGCUCCUCGCUGAGAACUUGGUCAAAGAUGUUGCUGAGAACUUUGUGUUUUGA